AUGAAUGAACCUAAGAAUAAUUUUCGAAACUAUCCAAUUAAUACACUUGGUGAUUAUAUUCGACAAAAUAAUUCUACUUGGCGUACACAUAAUUAUCCAAAUAAACAACAUGAUCUUGAUUGGUAUCGAUAUUUAAGACAACAAGCAAAUUUACCUGUUCAACGUGAUAUUCUCUAUGGAAAAAGACGAAAAUCUAAAGUACACUCACAAACUCAAAAAACAGUUGCUUAUGACGAUGAUGAUGAUUUAGGUAUAAGUAAAAUAAAUUUUACUUCACCACCGGUUACUCUUACAUGGCUUGAUUUAAAAGCAAAAGCACCACCAGAAGAUAAAGGUAUUAAACGAACAAUUAGAAAAGCAUUGUGUCCAUGGAAACAAGUUACUCAAUCAACAAUAUUACUCGAAGGAGUUAGUGGUAUUGCUAAACCAGGUCAAUUAGUUGCUAUAAUGGGUGCUAGUGGUGCUGGUAAAACAACAUUAUUAAAUAUUUUAACAAAUCGUCGGCCCGGUACAUUAAAAAUUGAGGGUGAAGUUAGAGUAAAUGGAACAAAUAUGGGUAGAAAUAUUAAUCGGGUAUCAGGUUAUGUACAACAAGAAGAAUUAUUCAUACCAUCAAUGACAACACGAGAACAUUUACAUUUUCAUGCAAUGUUAAGAUUAAAUCAUGAUAUAUCAAAAGAACAACGAAUUGCUCGUAUUGAUGAAAUGCUUGAUUUGUUCAAUUUGAAUACAGUUGAAAAUACAGUCAUAGGUCAACCAGGGCUUAUUAAAGGUUUAUCAGGUGGUGAAAAACGACGUUUACUCUUUGCUUCUGAAGUAAUGAUUGAUCCAUCUUUAUUAUUUGCUGAUGAACCAACAUCAGGUCUCGAUGGAAGCAUGGCAUUUACAAUAUGUGAUGUAAUGCGUAAAUUGUGUAAUCAAGGUAAGACAAUUGUUUGUACAAUUCAUCAACCAUCAAGUGAAAUUUUUCAAUUAUUUGAUACACUUUAUCUAUUAGCCGAAGGACGUGUUGCUUAUUUUGGUUCAAGAAAGAAAGCUCAAGAAUUUUUUAAUAAAUUAGGUUUUGAAGCACCAAAUAAUUAUAAUUUAUCAGAUUUUUAUAUUCAAACAUUAUCGAUAUUACCAUUUGAAAAAGAAGAAUCACUUGAACGAAUUCAGAAUAUUUGUGAUACCUAUGAACAUUCAUCUCUUAAUACUCAAUAUAUUGAUGAAAUUCAAAAAUAUCAUUCAAUUGAUGAUGAUCAAUCAAAUGGAAUAUUUGAUCAUUCAUCAAAAUAUAAAACUAAUAUUUUCAAUCAAUUUCGUUGGUUAUUAUGGCGUUUAUUGAUUGAUAUGUUUCGUAAUCCAUUUGAAUUUCGUUUCCGUAUACUUACAUCAGUAAUUCUUGGUCUUAUUCUGGGUUUUUCAUUUUUAAAUUUAAAAUAUGAUCAAACCGCUUCUCAAAAUAUGUCAUCAGUUUUAUUUCUAAUGAUUCUUGAUGUAACAUUCAUGGUUGUUCAAAGAAAUGCUGAUAGUAUGAGUCGACAAUUACCAUUAUUUUUUAAAGAACAUGAUGAUGGAAUCUAUCGUACAAUACCUUAUUAUAUAUCAAAAGUAGUUGUAGAAUUACCAAUAACUGCAAUUGAUAUAUUUUUAUCAAUAACUAUUAUUUAUUGGAUGGCUAAUUUAUAUAAUAGUGCUCGAAGAUUUUUUAUUUUACAAGGUAUUCUCCUUCUAUGUAUGUUAGUUUCAAUGUCUGUUGGAACAUUGAUAGGAGUGUCUAGUCCAACGUCUACUGUUGCUUCAGCACUAGUUGUUCCAAUUCUUAUACCUCUACUUGUUGUAUCUGGUUUUUAUAUAAAGACAAAAUCAAUACCUAAAUGGCUUAUUUGGUUACAUUAUAUUUCAUGGCCUUAUUAUACAGAUGAACUGUUAUCGAUUAAUCAAUGGGCAGAUGUUAAAUCAUUUGACUGUAAUCGAAUGGGUAAUACAACAUGUUUAAGAAGUGGUGAUGAUGUUCUUGCGUAUUAUAGUUUUAAGAAAAGUAAUUAUAAUCGUAAUAUUGGUUUACUUGUUCUUCUCUUUGGUGUUGGUCAACUACUAAUUAUUUUUUUCGUCAUCUUAUGGAUAAUAUAUAUAAAAUUGAAAUAUUUUACACUUCGUGGUCCAGUGCCUGGUCAACCACCACAUUUCUUUUUUGGAAAUUUAAUUCAAGCAGGCUUAUUAUUUGGUUCUAAACCAAUUUCUGACAUUUAUAUAUCUUACAAAGAACGUUUUGGUGAUAUUUAUUUAUUUUGGGUGGGUUUUAUACGAUAUACUAUCGUACAUAAUAUUGAUGAUGUUCAAUAUAUUUUUAAUAAUCGAAAUAAAUAUGAUCAAGGAAGUAUAUUUUUGGAAAAGCUCAGCAUUUUGGCUCCUGACAGUAUUAUUUGUAACAUAGGUGCUAAAUUCAAACGACAUGGUGCAAUCACUAUGCCAUUAUUUCGUCGUAAUAAAAUUCUUUCGAAUAUAAAUAUAAUUAUUGAUGGAACGGACAAACUAUUAGAUCGGUGGCGCACUCAGUCAUCUGAACAUGUGCAUACUGAUAUUGUUGAACAAUGUCAAAAUCUUCUACUCGAAGUCUUUGGAAUGAUUGCUUUUGAUUAUGAUUUGGAAACAAUUAAUGAGAAUCUUUCAGAAAAUAAGAAUGAACUGACUGAAGCUCUAAAACAUAUUAUGGAUGCAUUUCGAAUGAUUCUCUACGCACCUAGUAUCAUUUCAACUACUUAUUUAAAAUGCAAUCCUCGAUAUCAACGAGCACGUGCCACCAUCGAACGAUAUUUGAAUAACAUGGUAGAACAAGAAUUGACUGAAAGCUUAGAUUCGAGAACAGAACGGAAGAAAAUUUCAUUGAUUGCUUCACUAGUUAGUUCAUUACAAACAGAUGAAAAGGCAGAAGCAGUAAAAAAAGAAGAAGACAAAAAAGGUAUUUCCCGAAAAGAACUUUUUGAUGAGAUGCUUAUGUUUUUAAUUGCUGGUUAUGAAACAACAUCGACUGCUCUUGCUUGGUGUAUUUAUCAACUAAGUAAACAUCCUCGUAUUCAAGAAAAGAUCAAGAAAGAAUUGAUAGAUGAUAAUACUGGACAAUAUUUAUCAUUUGAUCAUCUUGAUUCAUUUGUUUAUUUGGAUUGUUUUAUCAAUGAAGUUCUUCGUUAUUCUCCAACAAUCGAUGGAACAAGUCGUACAGUAGUUGUCGAUGAUUGUCUUCCGUCAAGUGGUACUCGACUUUACAAAGGUGAUCAAGUACUUAUUCCAUCAUCUGCUCUUGCUCGAGACGAUCGCCAUUGGAAAAUUGAUCCUAAUUUGUUUUAUCCGGAAAGAUUUCUUAAUGAAGAUAAACAUCGUCAUCCAUGUGCAUUUUUACCAUUCGGGAAUGGUCAUCGUCAAUGUAUUGGACAAGAUUUAGCUCGAUUAGAACUCAAAAUAAUUCUAGCUCGCAUGUUACAACAGGUGACAAUCGGUGAUGGCGGUCCUGAAUUUAAUACAGGUGGUUGCAUUCAAAGACUGACUAUCGUACCGAAACACGUCGGAGUUACUAUUCAAUUUAGUUAA